AUGGCAGCUUUGGUGCUUACAGCGGGCCUCUUCAAAUCCUCGGCGGCCGAAGCUAUGCCUCUGGAGGUCCUGAAGCGCGUGGAGCAACAAGAGGCGAAGGCCGAGACCUCAAGGAGGACUUUGCCUGAAAUCCGGGAAGGAUCUUCCCAGCGGGCAUUGACAGUGGCAAGGAAGCUGGAAGAGAAGCGGGCCGUGCUGUUUGGAGCCUAUUGGUGUCCCUACUGCGACCAAGAGCGGCAAGCUCUUGGCCGCGAGGUCUUUGCUAAUGGCAAGGCAUACGUGCGAUACGUGGAGUGCGAUCCGCGUGGGGAGAACGGUCAACCUGGUCUUUGCCAAGCAGCAGGGGUGACAAGCUUUCCUACUUGGGCCGUAGCAGUUGAACCUAGCUCCGCCGAUGCCUUGCCCUUCGAGCUCCACCCUGGUUUCAAGGGUUUGUCUGGGCUGGAACGGCUGGUGGGCCUUCCGCCCCCGCCGGAGGAAGUCGCGGCUGCUGUGGCGCCGCCAGUAAAGACCAAUUCGGACGUGCAGGCGGUGACGGUGGCCCGGCAGUUGCAGCAAGGUGGUGCGGUUUUCUACGGAACUUUUUGGUGUCCGGCUUGCGAUGCCCAGCGGCAGGUCUUCGGGCAGCCUGCCUGGGCACAGGUGCCGUACGUGGAGUGCGAUGAGCGUGCUUCGCAAUCGGAUCCUCAGCGGUGUUUGAAAGCUGGGGUGGAUGCCAUUCCUUUCUGGACCUUUGCAGACGGCACUACACAUGCUGGCGUCCUGACUGUGUCGGAUCUUCAAGCAAAGCUGCAGACUUCUACGCCAGCAGGCUCCUCCACUAGCGCGCGGCCGGCGCCCGUGCAGCUGCCCAUGCCCAACUCCGACUGCAAAGACUGCAAGAUCGGCGACCGCCCCGCCGACAAGGCCGGUGCUGCACCGGCGAAGAGCUGA